CUUCUAUUAAAGAGUUGACUUUUAUGUUGAUCAAAAGGCCUCAAAGCAAUCCCCAAAAGACCACAUUUUAAAGUUAUAAUUACAAAUCACAACACACAAUCAAACCCGCAUCAUAAAAUCAAAAUCAGAUUCUCAACAUCUCAUCAGAGAAUCCUAAAAAUGGUGAGACAGAGAAGAAAGACAGAGAAAGAAGAGGAGAAGCGAGAACAAAAAGUUGGAGAACAUGAAGGUCAGGAGGUGCAGCCGAGGCAAAGAAGCGUGAGCAAAAGAAACAUGCAAUCUCUGGUGAUCGGACUCGUUGGAGGCGCGUUGACUCUGGGUGCUUAUUUUCAGACGUUUGUUUCUCCUGGGAAAUCUAUCGGCGCCGGUCUGUUCGUCCUCUUCUUUGGCUUGCUUGUCAGCGAAGGUUUCAUCUCUCUUUAAGAAAAAGAAGACUGUAUAAGCAAAUUAAACCUAAGCUUUUAUUUUAUUAAGUUUACUUGAAUAGACAUCAAUAUGAGUAUCUUGUUUCAUUUUUAUUUCAUUUCAAAAAUAGUUGGGACUAUCAGCUUAUUGUGAUCCAACCCCUAAUGUUUUUACGGAUUGUUAUAACUUGUAUACAGAGUACAGCAAAAAUACGUAUUGUACUAAGGAUAAGUUUUGAUCUAUAGAUCUUCUUAUAUACUAA